AUGUUGAUGAGCCUAUUUGCUAGCCGUAGCUGCAACAGCACACCACGCACCACUGGCGCUCCAGCUCAAGGGGUAACUCCUAGCGAUCUUGUUGCGAGGAGACGCACGGACGGGGUGACGCUUCCACAGCAGCAGAAUGUCCAGGCGAACAGAGGCGGCAGGGAAGGUGUCGACUUAUGGAGAAACCUCCCACACUUGAGGACCAGACCACCUCAGCAACGAGCCAGUGUCCUGAGGGAAGGCCAGGAGUGUCUGACGACCCAGACUCAACCUGGUGUCCGCGAUGACAUUCGUCGUCCUUCUUCUGGUAUUCUUGAGAAGCGAGACGUGGCCAACCUUCUAGAAGCAGCUUUAGCAGGAGCUGCACUACAACCGGACGAAACCAGGUGGAGACGUCUUGGUGAAGGCCUGGAAUCACUGCUGUCUGGCAUGCAAGAUCAUCAGAAGGAAGAGAGUGUCAAUUAUCUUAUGCAAUGGCUGCAGCAAGUGACUGAGGAGCAAGAGUCCAGCUCUAUGCAAGCCUCUGACGUAGCGGAAUCUGCUGAUACUGACUUCAGAACAACCUUUUUGCAGCAGCUGGAGCUGAUCGCGGGAAUCGUCUCCCCUGAAAUGGCCUGUGGGUCCAGUUAUUGUGACCCUGUGGAUCUGGUGGGAAGCUUUGGUGAGCUGAGCGAAGGGCCUGCUGCUCUAAACGACAGCGGCACAGAGUUUGUUUAUGCGCAAGGACCAGGGGAAGUGUCUGGUUCUGCUGCAACUGGGGAGCUUUCAGAAGAGGAAGGGCCUUAUCCAGCUGUGCCACAACCACAGUUGCUGUCGCAGGACCGGUCUAUCUCCCUCUCCUCCUUCCUCACGGAUUUCUCAUCGUCCGAUGCAGGCUUGCCCGAAUUUGCUCUCUCUCCUCUUCAAGCAUCCCCUGCUACAUCCUCCCACGGCUCCCAACCUCAGUCGGAUAAUGGCUCACCUCGCCCUCCAUGCUCAGAUGAUGACCUUCCCCUCCCUUCACUUCUACGCAGAUCAACAGAGUGGGGAAAUCUGCAGUCGUCCUUGGGCUAUGAAACAGGGGCUGUAGCUGGCUGCUCUUCAACAACCACAGAACCUGGCCCUUGUGCGCAGCUCCCUAUACUUCCUCCACCUCCUUCAACCUUUGUCCCUCCUGGCCUCGCUGCUUCACUUACAGCCUCCCAACAUCCGAGGUCCGCCUUUAAUCCAUCAGCGAUGCUCAUGCCUUCAGCUUCUAGCAAGGCUUUAUCGCCUCCCUUGCCCUCCUCAUCCCUUGGGCUUCAUGAGCCACAUAAGCCAAACACACUCACCACGUCACACACACUCACGCUGCCGCAGAACCUGCUUUCGUUCUCCAAUCCCUCUGCCUCCUCUGACAGUGAGGCUGGCUCACCCCUGCAUCGAGGCACCAAGGCUCGGGAAAGUCUUCACUCGUUUUCAGAUCCUGAUGUGCCUAUGCCCACGCUUCAAAGCACCAGCACGAACAGGCGGGCCGGGGAAAGCACCCGUGGGUUACUACACAAAGAAAAGACGCUUCCAGAGGGGAAGGAUGCAGCUACAGCACUUGUUGUUGCUGAUACGAGAAGCGCCAUGGUUACUGGAACGAUGGGGAAUGUUGGAGGAGCUAUGGGUGCUGGCACCAGUAAUUAUGCUGAUACCCCUGGUCCAAGCAGCAGCAGGACUUCGGAGAUUUCUGGCAUGGGAUUGCUGUCAGGAGGAGGGAUCACAUGGGACGAGACGGAGGAGGGCAGUACGUUUUCACACUUGGUGGGGGAGGUGGGUGGUGUGCGUGAUGGUGUUUCUGGCAUGGAGUUUGGAGGAAGUCUGGAUGUUCCUGCUGGAGGGUCGGACGGGUUGGAGAAUUGGGAUGGAAAGGCUAAUGGGGAUGGUGGACAUACAGCGCACAUGGGGUCUGGAGAAGUUUCUGAAGCAGGGGGAGCUGCAGCCGGCACAGUACAGUCUGGUGGUGGGGCAGUAGGAACUGAAGCUGUGGAGUUUGAACUGAUUCAUGCAAACCGGCAGAAUAAAGUGGUUGCAGAGGAGGCCACCCCUCGCCUCUCAGCCGUCCUGCAAGUCCUCCAGUCUGCCCGCCAGAAGAUUCGAGCAGUCACUGUUCCACCGCAGCUGCAGCCAUCAGCAACUAACGGGACGCUCCUGGACUUCCAGGAGACUGCCAAAUCGUCCUCACUGCCAAUGCCACGCAAGUCCCCAUUGGGGAAUUCCUCUCAUAUAGAUCAUCUGCCAGGGCCCUCCACUACGGAAUCUCGAAACCCACUUACCGGUACCUCUGUGCAUCCUCUGGUGGCAGUCGCAAGUGGGGGAAGCUCUGAGCCUGGCCUGCACUCAUAUUCCUCUCAUACAGCUUCAAAGCUGCGGCAGCCAGCCACCACCUCACAGAGUCGCCAUUUGCCUGGCAAAAAGGUGUCAAGCUCUGGAUCAACACAUGAGAGAGCAGAAGCGCCGGCUGCAGGUGAUCCUGGUCUCACAUCUGGUACCAACACAGUGACGUCUGUUUCCGCGUUGAGAGAAGUGGUUCGAGCACGGCGGGAGAAACAAGCUGGCUCUAGUAGUGGACGGAAGCCAAGUGCGGGAGACAGCAAGAAAGCUUCUGGUAGUUAUGCCGCUGCCAAUGCUGGAGGGAGUGCUGCCACGGGUGCGGCCGCAGGUGCUGCUACAUCCCUGGAUGUAGCGUACUAUGAGGACAAAAGCUUCCAAUCAGGUUCUGGUUCUGAGCGAAGCCAAAGCAGCAAGUCACGGAGAGCUGGUGGUGGGGUUGGCAGCCGUUCUUCCAGAAGUGGGGAGAAGCAAGCAGGGAAAGGCAAGGUGAGGAGUAACUCGGUUGCUUUGAAUCAUCAUGAUGUCUCAACAGCGGAUGAGGCAGAUGAGAGCAUUGUCCCUCUGCGGCGAUCCAAGCAUUCAUCAAGUCACCAGCGCUCAUCACCAGGGGAGGUGAAGCAGGGACGUGGUGGAGAGUCUGUGCAGUCAAGCCAGUCUUACCCAUUGAAGCAUGCUGCUGGGAGUUCCAAAUGA